CUCCUCAGCGCUCGCUCGCCCUUCACUCGCUCCGGAAGCCGCCCGACGCACUCAAACGCUUGCAUUUGCAUAUCCUCUCGAGUCUCAAAAUGAAGGUCCUCAUCCUCCUGCUGGCGGUGGCGGCUGCUAGAGCAGCGCCCCAGGGCUACAGCUACGCGCCACCCGAGCCCGCCCCCGUCUACAACUUCGGCUACACCGUGGACGCCGUGGACCCGUACCGCCAGCCCGUCCAGUUUGGCCACUCCGAAGGGCGCGACGGCGUGAAGACCAGCGGCAGCUACUACGUCCUUCUCCCCGACACGCGCCUCAUGAGGGUCAACUACUACGUGGACGAGACGGGCUUCCACCCCACCUACACCUUCGAAGGAACCGCCGUGUACCCUCAGCCCCAGCCUUACUCCGGAGGCCAGGCCGCCCUCCCAACCCCGAGCCAGCUGUACGGCACGCCCGGCCGGAAGUAGGCGUCGGGGAGGGGACGAGCACCCCGCGAUAGGUCUUGGCUCGUUCGGCUCCCGGCGACCGAGGGAGUCCAGUCUCUGAGCCAUUUCUUGUUUUUUUUUUUGUUUUUUUUGCUCUUUGUUUUUUUUGUUUUUUCUUGUUAUUCUUUUUUCUUUCCCUUUCUUCCAGUUUUUGCACGCUAACUAUGAAGACAUCCGGCAGACAGUUCCUCAUAGAGUGAUUCUAGUACUUCGAUUUUUCUUUUCCAUUUUUUUUUUCUUUAUUGUUAUAUGUUUAUUUAGUUUUGUGACACUGGAAAUCACCAAGGACGAGGCACCGAAUGCCACGUGUCAAGUGCCAUAGCUGUUCAUUCCCGUUGUUAGAUUUUGCUUGUUGUUCGCCUGACGUUGUUUCUCAAACUGUUAAACUAGUCACUUAUAACACAUGUUUAUUUUCUUAUAUAUUUGUUACUGUUUUGUUUACCGUAUCAUAUGAUACUUCAUAUUUCAAAGUUUAUGCUAUUUUUCUAUGCUAAUAAAUACAGUAUACGUUA